CCUCGCUGAGGAAAUAUGCAGGGCGUUGCUAGUACUUUUCCGUCAGUGUCUCAGUGUCAGAUAGAGAGGCCGUCCUUUAAAUGCAGCGCUCCCACACCAGAUCAGGGCAUUAACAGAUUAAAGCUCCCUCCAACAAGUCUGCAGACAGUAACUCAACACAACAAGACAAACAAGAUGUCUGACCCAUGGAAGGAAUCGUUCGAUCAUGCCGUUGCUGUAGCUCGCAAGGCUGGAGUGGUUAUCCGAGACGCCCUUCAGAACGAAGUGAAGGUGAUGACCAAGAGCUCCAGUGUGGACCUGGUCACCCAGACGGACCAGAGGGUGGAGAAGAUCAUCAUCUCCUCCGUCAAGGAGAAGUUCCCCACACACAGUUUCAUCGGGGAGGAGUCGGUGGCCGCCGGCCACCCGUGUAUUCUGACAGACGACCCCACCUGGAUCAUCGACCCCGUGGACGGAACCACCAACUUUGUGCACGGGUUUCCGUUCGUGGCAGUGUCCAUCGGCUUUGCGGUCAACAAAGAGCUGGAGUUCGGCGUGGUGUACAGCUGCAUAGAGGACAAGAUGUACACGGGCAGGAAAGGGAAGGGCGCCUUCUGUGACGGAGAGAAACUCGAGGUUUCUGAUGUGAAAGAAAUCAGGAAGUCAAUGAUCAUCAGUGAGCUGGGCUCCAACAGGGACGAAGAGACCGUCAGUAAGAUCUUCUCCACCAUGAAGAAGAUCCUCUGUAUCCCUGUGCAUGGGCUGCGCGGGUCGGGCACGGCGGCCACCAACAUGUGCCUGGUGGCCUCGGGGGCGGUGGAGGCCUUCUUCGAGAUCGGGAUCCACUGCUGGGACGUGGCCGCCGGGGCCGUCAUCGUCACCGAGGCUGGGGGGUUGCUGCUGGAUGUGGACGGUGGGCCGUGGGACCUGAUGUCCCGGCGGAUGAUGUCGGCCAACAACAAGACGAUCGCGGAUCGGCUAAUCAAGGAGAUCGACGUGUUCCCGGCAGAGCGCGACGACGUCGUGAAGUCCAAGAAGUGACGCGGCGCACACGUCGACGUUUCUCAUGUUCACCUCCGAUGAAACCCUUUAACCUGGGGCUUCCUGAUUAAUAUGUUAUGAUUGUUUUAUGUUGACAAUACGCUAAAUAAACGCCAGUUUGGAGAGGUCUCCUAAAGGUCGUGGCAGAUGGGCUAAUGACCUACCCCACCCGGUGGUGUGGUGGAUCAUUUGUAGCCCAUCCCACAUACAUAACGGUGAAGAUAGUUUGAUAGGAGAUCGCAAUAAGUUGCUUUUGACUCAAUAAAAGUAUUUUCUAUUUUGCCAA